CGCUGUGACGCCUGUGAAGAGCUCUUCCGGUCCAAGCUGGACCUGCGGCGCCACAAGAAGUAUGCGUGCAGCUCCGCGGGCACCGCGCUCUACGAGGGGCUGGGCGGCGGCGGCGAGCAGGCCCACGAGUGCAAGGACUGCGAGCGGACGUUCCCCAACCAGCACAGCCUGGAGCAGCACAUGGUUGUGCACACGGAGGAGCGGGAGUACAAGUGUGACCAGUGUCCCAAGGCCUUCAACUGGAAGUCCAACCUCAUCCGCCACCAGAUGUCCCAUGACAGCGGCAAGCGCUUCGAAUGUGAAAACUGCGUGAAGGUGUUCACGGACCCCAGCAACCUGCAGCGGCACAUCCGCUCCCAGCACGUGGGCGCCCGGGCCCACGCGUGUCCCGACUGCGGCAAGACGUUCGCCACGUCCUCGGGCCUGAAGCAGCACAAGCACAUCCACAGCACCGUCAAACCUUUCAUAUGCGAGGUGUGCCACAAGUCCUACACGCAGUUCUCCAACCUGUGCCGCCACAAGCGCAUGCACGCCGACUGCCGCACGCAGAUCAAGUGCAAGGACUGCGGGCAGAUGUUCAGCACCACCUCCUCCCUCAACAAGCACCGGCGCUUCUGCGAGGGCAAGAACCAUUACCCGCCGGGCGGCAUCUUCGCCCCGGGCCUGCCCCUCACCCCCAGCCCCAUGGUGGACAAGGCGAAGCCCCCGCCCGGCCUCGGCUUCAACGAGUACUUCCCGUCCCGGCCGCACCCGGGCGAGGCGAAGCCCGUGCUGCCCGUGCCCAAGGCGCCCCCGGCGCCGGCGUCCGGGGAGGAGCCGCUGGACCUGAGCAUCGGCAGCCGCGUCCGCGCCAGCCAGAACGGAGGGGGCCGGGAGCCCCGCAAGAACCACGUCUACGGGGAGCGCAGGCCGGGGGCCGCGGAGGGGCUGCCCAAGGCGUGCCCGGCACCGCUGCCCCAGCAGCCCGCCCUGCACUACGCCAAGCCCUCGCCCUUCUUCAUGGACCCCAUCUACAGGGUGGAGAAGCGGAAGGUGACGGACCCAGUGGGAGUCCUGAAGGAGAAGUACCUGCGGCCGUCCCCCCUCCUCUUCCACCCCCAGAUGUCAGCCAUCGAGACCAUGACAGACAAGCUGGAGAGCUUUGCGGCCAUGAAGGCGGAAGCGGGCGGCUCCCUGCAGCCCCUCCCCCACCACCCCUUCAACUUCCGGUCCCCGCCCCCCACGCUCUCAGACCCCAUCCUCAGGAAGGGCAAGGAGCGGUAUACGUGCAGGUACUGCGGCAAGAUCUUCCCCCGGUCAGCAAACCUCACGAGACACCUGCGGACGCACACCGGGGAGCAGCCGUACAGGUGUAAGUACUGCGACCGCUCCUUCAGCAUCUCCUCCAACCUGCAGCGGCACGUCCGCAACAUCCACAACAAGGAGAAGCCCUUCAAGUGCCACCUGUGCAACCGCUGCUUCGGGCAGCAGACCAACCUGGACCGGCACCUCAAGAAGCACGAGCACGAGCACGCCCCAGUGAGCCAGCACGCAGGGGUCAUCACGAACCACCUGGGGACCAGUGCCUCCUCCCCCACCUCCGAGUCAGACAACCAUGCACUUUUAGACGAGAAAGAAGACUCCUAUUUCUCUGAAAUCAGAAACUUUAUCGCCAAUAGUGAGAUGAACCAAACAUCAGCGCGAACAGACAAGAGGCCGGAGGUCCAGGACCCGGACAGCAACUCCCAGUGCCCAGGUUUGGCCAGCGGGAAGCCGGAGGACGAGGAGGAGGAGGAGGAGGAGGAGGACGAUGAAGACGACAGCCUGGCGGGCAAGUCCCAGGACGACGCCGUGUCCCCCCCGCCUGGGCCCCAGGGUGCCUACCAGGACGAGGAGGAGGAGGAGCCGCCCGCCGCCCUGGCCGUGGGCUUCGAGCAUGCCCGAAGGUGUGUUGAGGAGGAGGAGCCAGGCGGUCUGUUAGCUUUGGAGCCGAUGCCGACUUUUGGGAAGGGGCUGGAUCUGCGCAGAGCAGCUGAGGAAGCAUUUGACGUUAAAGAUGUGCUUAAUUCCACCUUAGACUCUGAGACUUUAAAGCAGACCCUGUACAGGCAGGCUAAGAACCAGGCUUAUGCAAUGAUGCUGUCCCUCUCCGAGGAGACCCCUCUCCACCCUUCCUCCCAGAGCCCUCUGGACGCUUGGUUGAACAUCACAGGAGCCACACCGGAGUCCGGAGCCUUUAACCCCAUCAACCACCUCUGACGGGCGCAGGACGGGCUGGGGUCUGAGUCCAAGCAAGGCAACCGCGAGGCCCCUGACGUCCCAACAGAAAUCCCGGCUGCGAAGACGGAGAAGUGAGCCUCAGGGAGCGGCGAGGCCUGGGCCAGGGGGACCCCUGUCACCUGUGCGGGCUGCUCCUCAGCACCACCCCCCCCCCACACACACACACUGUGGUUCAGCUCUAACUUUUCCGAAGAGAACUCAGAACCCAGGAGUCGCUGAGCGGUCCUGGAGCCCCACCGUCUAAGAAUUGGUCUUAAGAACAGCGUUCUGGAAGUGGUACAGCACACGGCCGGCCACGCGCAGCCCCCGGCAGCUGCUCACAGACCUGACCCGGUGGGCGAGGACGGGAGUCCAACCCCAAACUGAAGCCAGCCGGGUCCCCUCGGGCACCCGCCUGGUGUCUCGGAAGGGGACGGACGGACACGGGUGUGCUUGGGAAAGGGAGACCGACCGCCCCAACGAUUUUUAUAACGAGAAUUACAAGAGUAACCCUUUUGGUAAUCUUAUUGACGACAGAGUCUAUUUAAGCAUGUGGUUUUAAAAAUAGACAGUAUUUUUUACAAAAGCGAAAAAUGACUUGCAAAUUGUUUUUUAAGAGUAAUUUUGCAUUGCUUUGAAAUCUCAGCUUACUCGCAAACCCAAACUGGGAACUGGCACCGUGUUUGGGCGUGUUCUUUAUACUGUAGAUAACGGAGAAAUUUUCUAUCCCUGACCGUGUUUGUAAAGCCGUGAUUCUGGGGACUCCCCCUUCCCUGUGCAGAACCCAGGGGCCCGGGGCCCUCUCCUGGGAGCAGUUUCAGACCUUACCUGGGAUUUCUUAGACGUGAUCUCCUGGGCCGGCCCACGGCUGGGGGUGUGCGUGGCGUGUGAUUCCUGCCUGCGGCCACCCCCCACCCCCGAUUGUCUGGGGAAGGUGGGAGCAGCGGCUCUGGUCCCCUGUGCAGGGGUGGACCUGGCACCCCACGCCCCUGCCCACACGGCCACACCCGCGCCAGCCGCCUACAGCCACUCUGCAGAAGGGGGCCCCGCCGGCCACACCCAGGUCUCCGGCUCCCCCCCACCCACACCGUCAGACGGACAGAGGGGAGAGGGGGCAUCCCCCGUGGCCACCGUGGGGCGCGCUCUGCGGCGCCCUGGCCCCAGGCCGCCUGCCAGGCCCCAUGCCCGUGCGAGCCCCGGGCUCUGGGACGCGUCUACCACCUCCGCUCGGUGCACGGCCCCCUGGCGGGCUGGCCCAGCUCCGGAAGCGACGGGCGUGCAGGUGGGCCCUGCCGCAGGGCGCAGACAGCACAGCCCGGUCGGGACGGGUCUGCUCCCCCACUCGGACCGGCUCUAAGUUAUUCCCGUAGGGCCACCUUCAAAUCAUAAUUUGUUUCCCUGAUGGAAUUGACCUUAAUCUGUAUAUAACUUGUAAUUUUUUCUAAUUCAUUUCUUUUCUUAUUUUAUUUCUUCCUUAACAGUAUUUUGGCAUUAGACAUUCUUAUUGUGAAGAAAUAUUGUUAAUAUAAGUGUCUAGUGAAGGACCAAAACCGUGUAUCAGGUUGUGUGUUGUGUGGUCGGGAACCAGGAGCGGGGAGGUUUUUAAAUGUGCCAAAUACCCCGCGCCCGACGGGCCUGCUGCCCGUUUCCAGACAAUCACGUGUUUUCGUUAAAUUAGAGUUUCAGUUACCUUUGCAUUGAAGACAAGUGUUCUAUUUAUUU